CGAUUACGUAUUAAAACUGAGAACAAGUGGUUUUUCAGACACAAAAUAUUUUAUAAAAUAGUUUAUCGUUUUCAUACUUUAGUUUAGUUUUACUGCACCGUCACCAAUGAAAACAGGUUUCACGUUGUGCUUAUAAUUCAAAGUGGUUUCCGUUUGUUGUCUAUUGCCUUAGCUCAAUAACUCUAGUCGAUAAAUGGACAGAAUAAAAUGAAUCGUUACACACUUAUAAAGCAAUUAGGAGACGGGACUUACGGUUCGGUACUCCUUGCUACUGUCCAAGAAACAAAAGAAAAAGUUGCUAUUAAAAAGAUGAAAAGAAAGUUUUAUUCUUGGAACGAAUGUCUGAAUUUACGUGAGGUCAAAUCGUUGAGUAAACUUUCUCACCCAAAUAUUGUGAAGCUUAGGGAAAUAGUGCGGGAAAAUAAUCAUCUUUAUUUAAUAUUCGAGGCACUCGAAAAUAAUUUAUAUGAACUAAUAAAAGCAAGGACUAAACUUUUUCAAGAAGAAACUAUCCGGAAUAUAAUUUGGCAAGUUCUAGACGGCCUGGAUUUCAUGCAUAAGCAGGGGUUUUUCCAUCGGGACAUGAAACCUGAAAAUUUGUUGUGCAAUGGCCCAGAGACAGUGAAACUAGCAGAUUUCGGACUUGCACGUGAGAUCCGUUCGCAACCUCCUUACACCGAUUAUGUGUCUACCAGGUGGUAUCGGGCCCCUGAAGUGCUCCUUAGAUCAACUAGCUAUAAUUCGCCUGUCGAUUUAUUUGCUGUUGGUUGCAUAAUGGCGGAACUCUACACAUUUCGUCCGUUGUUUCCAGGAAGCUCAGAAAUUGACAUGGUUUUCAAGAUUUGUUCUGUUUUGGGUACACCUUCUAAGGGUGGCUGGCCUGAAGGAUAUCAACUAGCGGCCGCUAUGAAUUUUAAAUUUCCACAAUGUUCUCCAGUCCCUUUGCAUACUUUGAUUCCGAAUGCUAAUCAUGAAGGUAUUCAGCUCAUUCUGGAUUUGAUUUCUUGGAAUCCCAAGUAUCGACCAACGGCACGUGAAGCAUUAAAGCGACCUUAUUUCAAAACUAUCCAAGCUUUCAAAGGAAUCAUAUCUUCUGCGAAUAAUGGCGACAAAGUACAGAAUGUAUCUCAAGAUUUAGAGAAAAAAUCUACAGAUUUAAACAGAAAACAAAAAUCAUUGUCAAAAAAUUCGAAUUUAGGAAUUACCACUUCACAAAAAUUAAAAGAGUCUCAAUCUACUCAUCAAACGGUUAUUAUAAACUCAUCAAAUGAUAAUCAAAUGGAAACUGGCUCACUCAAUCAUGAUGAUUGCAAUUUACAAAGAGAAGUUGAAAAUAACUCAUCUAAAAACAAUAAAGAUCUCUCAGAACAUCCGUUUACAGACAUACAAGGCUUUUUCCUAUCCAUCUAUUUCUUCGAAAAGACAGUGUUUGCACACAAGAUAUUCUAGAACUCGGUAUGUUUGGGCUUACAGAAAUAGUCUUCUGAGAAAACCAAUCUUAUCUUGUCGAAAUAUGUCAAUAGAACGUAAAGGAGCUGUUUUACAGUUAGAAGAUCCACUACCAAGUCUUUUUGCAACAUUGAACGAAACUGCUGAAAAUGACAGACUACACGAUCAUUAUACUGAUAAUAAGGUUCAUCGAUUUGAAAACUUAAUUUCGAACCAUACAAUUAGUAAAACGGAUCUGAAUACAGAUUGUACAGUUGACAAAAAUCAGCUUCUCACCGAUUCACUUAAAUAUCCUAAAUCUGGUGCCUUAAUAUCAAAACGCAAAAAUUCAGGACAUCGACGAUGUCCAGUCUUAGAAGCUGACAGUUUAUUCGAUAAUUUCGAUUCUGACCAAUCAGAUUUAAAACCACCUUCAAAGAAAAUGACUGCAACAAAAGAGAAUCAAGACGAAAACUCCACUUACCGGAUGUAUAGUCAGAAAAAUACGACUGAACUAAACAAAAUCCCUUUAUCAACAUCUAAAUUCACUAAGCAAUUUCCAUCGAUCUUGAAUGGUUGUAAUUUAACAAAAGAAGUAAAACAACGAUAUGGUUCUCGAUUAACUGAUCAUCCUGAUAGUAAUAUUCGCAGUACCCAGAAACGAGAUUCUUUGGAUAUCGACGAACUAAUACAUUCUACAACCACAACAAGACCGCUUGUUCCACCGUCUAAUCAGUUUAUCCCCUCAAAUGGGAACCCUACUAGUAUAACAUCGGCUGCAUCAUUUUAUAAGUCAAAGGCACGUUACUUUCCUGGACAUGUUAAUAGUAAAUCAAAAAGGCCACAAUGUACUCUACUAACGUUAGAUAAGUUAGUGCAGCAUCCAACAGACAGUCAUAAGGAGAAUCAUCCAUCAGUGCAGACUUAUGUAGACUAUCCAGCUCAUGCAUACAUAAAUAAUACACGCGAUACACCCAAAUCUGUUGGUAAUUUAUCUAACUCAACCAAUGUUAGUAAUGCUCUAACCAUGAUGCAAAAUAAAAUUCAUCAUUUAAGCGAUACUGUAUUAUUUCCGUGGUCCAUAACUAACAACAGUACACAAAUAGAUCCUAAAUCACUGUCUAAAAGUGCUUGUAAGACGUUACGUGAUACAAAGAAAGGUAAUUUGGCAAAAAAACCUGAUUCGGUCAUAGAUAACAGUCAAGGUCAAAAUGUUUGUCAUUUUCGCAGUCAGAUAGAAGUAUCUGGGGUCGGAUUUUUAUCUGGAAAUGGAAUCGGUUAUUUCCGUCCUUCAGCGAGAGCACCUGGUCUUUUUCAUUCAAAUCCGAGUUCCAGAACAGACUGGGCAGCCAAGUAUCUGAAGUCAUGAAUGUAUUUUGGAGUCAAUGUAAUUAUCUUCCUUGAUACAUUUGUAUCAGUCUCUUGUUUUGUUUACCUUUACUAACUUUUUGGAAUAUGCUUUUUCGUGUUCACUUUCAUUCGUAUUCGUUACUGUUAUUGAAUGCUUUAUUCAAAUAACUACGUGCCUUUAUUAUUUUACAUGCAAUUUGUUUUAUUAGACGUCUGUUAAUUACGGUAAACUUAACAGAUGGAUUUCUUGACCCAUUGGUUUUGUCAUUAACAUAAAUAAUUAUGAUAGUGUUUUAAGAUCGUCAGUUUGUAAACAAGUUACCGGUUAUUUAGAAUUUUUUUUAUUCACUCUUAUAGCCAUUAUUGUUGCUAUUAUUAUUAUUAUUAAUCUUUUUUCUCAUUCAUAAUAAUAUAGAAAUGUGGUUUACGGACUUGUUGGAUUAGUAGUGAGAUUAUUAAAAAUGAUUGCUUUUAUGAUGCUACUCUUCAAUUGUGUGUUUCAUUAUUUUAUUAUUUGGUGUCUGACUGCUUUCUUGUAUAUGACUGUGUCUGCAAAUAUUCAAAUUUUUAUGAUGCUAUCACCAUGACGUGUGGUUUAUAAUUGGUUCAAAUCUCAGUUAAUUUAUGGUAGUGUCUUAAUAAUUAUUCAUUGUGUAUGUGUAUUCUAUACGAAAGUAAUUACGUAUUAUUAUGCAGCUAUGUGAUAAUCCGAAUCCAAUCAGUUUAAUAUUUGUUUAUAUGUUCCUAUCUCUGUAUGUACACUUCUCACUUCACACAUAUUUUAUCUCGCACUUUUUAGUAGCUGAACUGUGAUUCUUACCUCAUCUUUUUUUAUUCAAACGUAGCUCUGUUUGUGUAAAAUAUAAUCGAAAUAAAAUAUUACCGCAUUCUUCUGUCUUUUUUCUUCAAAUUUUAAAACAAUGUCCUUAGUGAAAUAGUAUUUCGUUUCUUAUAGUUUCAGAUUAUAUAUAAUCUUUGUUAAUUAAUACUAAUAUCAGCCAUUACUUUCUUUACUUUUCAACUGCCGGCUUUUGUAACACACCGAUCGGAAUUUUACUAAUCCAAGCCUUGAGUUGGUGUAACUUGGUUCAAUAUACCUGAUAAUAGAUUUGGUUAACUUAGUCAUAACAAGAUGAAAUAUAUUGACGAUGCUACUUCGAAUCCUAUUUAUUUAGACUUGUAACAUUCGUCUGAAUAACAAAUGGUAAUGCAAAUAUCAACAGGAUGAUACAGAGAUGUCUCACAGAGCCUAACUGCUGUAAUCGGCAAGGGUACCUUGUUAAAAUGAUACUUCAAAAGUUUCGAGCCUUAUUACUUCUAUCACUGAUCAUAAAAGUUUAAUUCAUUUCUAUUUGGAAAAUUGAAGCUUCCUUUGACUGGUAUUUUGAUAAAACAAUAUAAUAUUGAACUUUCAAAACCCGACUUAAAGCAUUCACAAACAUUUAUAUUAUUAUUAUAUUCGUUGAUCUAUGAAGUAGCGUAUUUCAUAUUGCUUUUUUCCAAUGAAUGAGUUUCUAGAAAAUUUAAAUAUGCCAUUAAUAGUGUUACGCGUAAUUAAUCCUAAAAGUGAAAUUAUAAUAGAUUAGUUAAAUAAUUCCGUUUGUAAUAAAGUUUUUAGAAGAAAUCGAUAUCGUGUGGGUUAUUUUUAUUUGUGUUUUAGCGUUCAGCUCCUCUCUAUGCUGUGGUGGAUAGUUAAACUAGUUUUUCUAUCGAGUGAUUUUAUUUUACAUUUGUCUAGCACUUGUUUGUAAGCUUUUAGCUAUUUUCAAUUGAAUAUUUGAUUCAAGUAAAAUGUUAGCGUUUCGGCCAUACCCAGUGUAAUGGAAAAGUAAUUGUUAAAAUGAAUUAGUUACUAUCAAAAUUUUCUUGUUCUUACAAAUGCAAUAUUGUAUCAGUUUACAAACAGUAUUUCCUACAACCUACCCUCAAAACGUUAUUUCAAAAGUUUACUACUCGAAGCUGCAGGCGUUUUUCUCUAUAUCAGAUGGAUUUCGUUGUAGUUUAUCAAAUUUGAUUUUGAUUGUAUUCCGUGCUUUUAUGUUUUCUUAUUUUUUAGGCUAAAUGAGUGACCUUGAGUUUACUUCAAGUGUGAGUUGUGGUAUCUUUCUGUACAAUUGAUGUGCUUAACAUGCGUUCAUCUUUCAAAAAAGUUUUAUCUAAGAAAAAAAUAGUACUUUUUGUUCGUAUUAUUUAACUACUCAAGAUAAAAUCGAUCUCAAUGAUUUUCUAAUUAGUGAACAAUCCCCUGUACCAGUAGGUUACAUAUACAUAUGAUAAGACUUCAAAAACACUGAAUUUUACCUAGCAGACAUUGAAAUGGAUUUGUUUUCAAGGAGUUCAAAAUGAGCAUCUGGUUGUAUAUAAAUCAUGGUAACAAAACACCGGUUUCAAGUAUCCUACUUUUAAGUCCAUUUACUAAAUUUGGACGUCUAUAUGGAAAUUGUACUAAUAAUUUCUUAUUCACCUUUUUAUGUAAUCGUAUGGAAAGUUAAAAGCACAAAUAAAAAUAACUGAUCUUGAAAGAAAGAAAUUUAACCCUAAUUUGUCAUAGAACAAGGUGAAAGUUUGGCCACAGAAUUUAUAUUUAUUCUAGUAUUAUCGAAUAUUAAAACCGUAUCUUAAUGUUUUUUAGCUGCUAGAGGAUGAAGAAGAACAAGAUUCAACUUAUGAUCGUGGAAAGAAGCGAAUGUUUUCUCGUGAAAUACGUUCAAUGUUGUAUGCUUUUGGAGAUGAUGAAAAUCCAUUACCUGAAACUGUUUCCUUAGUUGAAGAUAUAGCAGUUCGACAUAUUAUAGAAAUGGCUAAAAAGGCAUUAAAAAUUGGCAAACCAGGAAAAAUCUCUGUUGAAGAUGUUACUUAUCUCGUUCGACGUGAUCCUAAGAAAUUUUCUCGAGUGAAAGAGCUGCUCUUGCUCAGUGAAGAGCUCCGACGUGCACGCAAAGCAUUUGAAGAAGAUGAGUUUGAUGUGCUUAAAUAAUUACUUUUCUCACCCGCGUAC